GCGUGGGAGAACAGCGUGCGUGGUGGCUCUUCAGUAGCGCGGAAAGGACUCUCAGAAGACGUCGUCAGCAUGCUCAAGUGCCUAGCCAAACACUUUCCUGAGGAGGUUUCACUGGACCGUGUGCUGGGAGCCAAAGCACCAAAAAGACACAGAACUGUGGCAGAAGAUUGCGCCGAAAUUCUGGAAGCAAGCCACUACCAGGAGAUGCCCAUCCUGCCAACAUCUGCGGAGAUGAUCGGGCAUUGCGCUUUUGAAGUCCAGGAGAAUAUGCAGACAUAUGAGAAGUGUGUGGACUACAUCCAGACGCAUUUUAUGCUCUUGCGCGAGGACUACAUUGAGCCAUUGAGAGCUGGGAUCAAGCUCUUCAUGCAGGGCCGACACUCACCAAAGGACCUUCACGUCUACACUGGUGUCAAGGUAGUUGGCGUGCUAAGCACCUGGGAAGGACUUGUGUAUCGCAUUGAACUUCGGAAGGACGAGUUACGGAAGAUCAACUGGGAGAAGUCAAAGCAGCUGAUGUACGGAAGCCUGUUGUGCUUCUCGGACGAUGAUUUUUCUUCCCUUAUUUGGGCAACGGUGUGGCGGAGAGACCCUGGUCUCAUGGCUGAAAAGGCACAGCUUGACAUUCGACUACCUUUUGAUCCUUGGGAUGACCGGCUCUCGCCCGGCAAGGCAUUUUGCUGCAUUGAAAAUGUCACGAUCUACUUCGAGGCGUAUCGGCACGUCCUGAUUGCCUUGCAAAGCAUGCGCGCAGCAGAUGUGCCCUUCCAGCACACGCUGCUGAGUCCACAACCUGAUCCGCUGCCUCCUACAUAUUUGAAGGAAGAGACUGAUAUGUUCCACUUCCACAAUGUCUUCACCAACUGCGAGAAGGCUGACGCAGAGGUUGCCGCUCCCAAGUCCUUCAGGGUCCUCUCGGAGUGGCCGCGAGCACUGAAACAGGCGCUGGAUUUAGAUCCAUCCCAGCUCGAUGCGGUUCAGCACGCUUUGACGCACCAGAUGUCUUUGAUUCAAGGACCACCUGGGACUGGCAAGACGUUUGUCGGGCUCAAGAUCGUUCAGGCCAUUCUUGACAACACCAAGACACUGCGCCACUCCCCGAUCUUGGUUGUUUGCUACACGAACCACGCCUUGGAUCAGUUCUUGGAGGGCAUCUUCAAGUUCUGCGAGAGUAUUGUUCGCAUAGGCUCCCGCUCCAAAAGUGAACAGAUGAUGAAGAGAAAUCUCAAGGAGUUGGUUAUGGAGAUCAGACCACCUCGGGAGUUCAUGCAGGCCCGAAAAAGCCUCAUGGACCGUCGGGACUAUUUACGAGAUGAGCUGGUCAAGGCCAUGAAGCUCGUGGACAGCCACACAGUGUGUGCGGCACAAGCCAAGUCCCUCAUGUCGGAGCAGCAGUUCGAGGAGUUCUACCAGGGCUUCCUGGACUAUCUCGGCGAUGACAAAGGAGAUUUCCCAGAAGAUCCUUGGGUUGUGGAUGAUGACGUUUGGUCUCGAGUGAUGAAGGAGUGGCUGGGAACCAGUGAUCCAUCAAAGUUUGCUCCGGUGCCAAAGCGCCAAGAAGGAGGGCUUCCAACGUUCAAGAAGUUUGGCAUCGAAGAAGAAAGCGAGGAUGAAGAUCCUGCAGCAAAUGGGACUAAGGAUGAUGGAGAUGAGGAAGAGGCCUCCAACGAGAUUUACGAGCGAAAACUUGAUGUUGACAACGAGCAGACAGAGCAAGUAGAUGAAAAGAAGAAGAGUCGGAUGGAUUUCUUCCAAGAGCUCCACUAUGCGUGGCUCCCGUACUUGGAGGAUUACUACGAAACGCUUUCUCCAGAGAUGCGGAGCCUGGAUUGGCGUCAAGAGAACUUGUGGCGAUUGCAUCCCCAGCAGCGGCGUGAAUGCUAUCGCCAAUGGCUCCUGGAGGCCCAUGAGGAAGCCCGUGGAAUUCUGCCCGAGUUGGCACAUUUGCUGGAGCGAAACGCGGAGAGCAAGGCGGCUCUGGAAAGAGAUCGCAAGCUCGCACUUCUUCGAGAGAUGCAGGUUGUUGGUAUGACGACAACUGCUGUUUCCAAGUAUCAGCAAUUGCUGAAGGAGUUGCGGCCGGAGAUAGUCAUAGUUGAGGAGGCUGCAGAAGUUCUCGAAGCACACAUUCUGACAGCGCUGCACCCUCGCACACAACAUGUUAUUCUCAUUGGAGACCAUCAGCAGCUGCGUCCCUCAACUGCAGUGUAUCGUCUUUCCAAGCAGUUCCACCUGGAUGUUUCCCUCUUCGAACGGCUUAUUCACAACGGGGCCGAACACGUCACUCUGCUGCAACAGCGACGCAUGCAUCCAAAAAUAUCUCGGUUGAUCAAGCCGUAUUAUCCUCAGUUGCGGGACCAUCACAGCACCGAAAGGUACCCGGACAUUCGAGGAGUCAAUGCACGAAGCUUCUUCAUGACCCAUUUUCAUUAUGAGGAUGAUGAGGGGGAAAGCCACUCGAAGCAGAACACGUUUGAGGCAAACUUUGUAAGCGCGAUGUGUGCUCACUUGGUCUCCUGUGGCUACGAGGAAAGCCAGAUCACUGUUCUCACGCCAUACCUCGGGCAGGUGCGGCUCCUGAAGAAGAGGAUGCAGCGCGACCCGACCACCCAAAAGAUUGCCAUCACUGCAGUGGACAACUUUCAGGGUGAGGAGAAUGACAUCAUCAUUAUUUCCUUGGUUCGCUCCAACAGGGCGCGCCAAAUGGGCUUCCUGGCAGUUGACAACAGGAUCAAUGUCGCCUUGACCCGGGCACGCCACGGCAUGUUCAUUGUGGGCAAUUCAGACAUGUUGGAAAAACACACGCUGUGGAGCCAAAUCCUUGCGGAGCUCAGAUCGGACCAGUGCUUGGCCGACGCCCUUCCAAUCAUUGACAAGGAGGAGAGUGGCGUGUUUCAGGUUCGAUCAGCCGAUGAGAUCAGUGUCUUUCUGGAUUCAAAGCUGCAUGAAACAGG